AGCGUUGCGCUCCGGGCGCCGCAAUCGCGAGGACGCGGCCUCGCAGCCACCUUCCGCCGCCGGCGGGGAGCGGUAGGACCCGCGGUGCGAGCGGCCGCAGCCACCUCGGAGCCCGGCUAGGCUCCUUCCCUUCACCUCGCUGAGAGGCGUCCCCGGGGCCGCGGGGCCACCGCUCUGGCCCUCGCUCCGAGGCUCGUGGGGCGGACGGACGGACACAGACAGACGGACGCCACCAGCGGAGUCCGGGACUGCGGGCAGCGGCAAGAAAAGUGUGAGUGUACAAUUGGGCCACUUCUAGUGAGGACAACGCAUACCUUUUCCUGGGACACUUUCUUCAGAAGACCAGCACACAUCCAGUUUGCUCAGAUAUAACCCCAAAUUAACAGAGUUCUUCUAGAGGGGAAUUCAUUAGUCUCACCAAAACUGGGUUCCCCCAGCUUUGAGAGGAGAGAUCCACUGGAGACUUCCAGAGCAGUUGAACAUCACAUAGCAAGAGUGACAUCUGGUUAACAAUAUCAACAACAGCAGCAACCUGAAGCUUGGAUCUCCUGUGCUGGAAGCAGGAAAAAUGGAAGAAUGAUCAUCAAAGGUUACAUCUGCUCUGGGAACCACUGAAUGUCACUUGAAGGCCCCUGUGUCGGCUUCAGAGAACUCCUGUUGAAUGACAAAGACGCUAAGAACAGUCUUUGCCCAAGACGGGUCUGGAACUUAACGGGGUUCCCAUGACCCCUGCGAUUGCUUCCAGUCAGCGAUGAAAGGGUUAUCGGGUAGCCGCAGCCACCACCACGGGAUCACCUGCGAGUCGGCCUGUGACUCACUCUCACACCACUCAGACCACAAGCCGUACCUGCUGAGCCCGGUGGACCACCACCCUGCGGACCAUCCCUACUACACCCAGCGGAAUUCCUUCCAGGCCGAGUGCGUGGGACCCUUCAGUGACCCGCUGGCCAGCAGCACCUUCCCACGCAGGCACUACACCUCGCAGCAGGAGCUGAAGGACGAGAGUGCCCUGGUGCCACGCACACUGGCCACCAAGGCGAAUCGCAUCCCCGCCAACCUGCUGGAUCAGUUUGAAAGGCAGCUGCCCCUCAGCCGGGAUGGCUACCACACGCUACAGUACAAGCGCACCGCUGUGGAGCAUCGCAGCGAUAGCCCCGGCCGCAUCCGGCACCUGGUCCACUCGGUCCAGAAGCUCUUUACCAAGUCGCAUUCCCUGGAAGGGCCAUCCAAAGGCAGUGUCAAUGGGGGCAAGGCCAGCCCCGAUGAGUCGCAAACUGUGAGAUAUGGCAAGCGCAGCAAGAGCAAGGAGAGGCGUUCAGAGUCCAAGGCCAGAUCCAAUGCCUCCAACGCCUCCCCCACCUCUCCCAGCUGGUGGAGCUCAGAUGACAACCUGGAUGGCGACAUGUGCCUCUACCACACGCCGUCGGGUGUGAUGACCAUGGGCAGGUGCCCUGACCGCUCUGCUUCACAGUACUUCAUGGAAGCCUACAACACCAUCAGCGAGCAGGCGGUGAAGGCCUCCCGGAGUAACAAUGACGUCAAGUGCUCCACCUGUGCUAACCUGCCCGUCAGUCUGGAUGCCCCUCUUCUGAAGAAGAGUGCCUGGUCCUCCACUCUCACCGUGAGCAGAGCCCGAGAGGUUUACCAGAAAGCCUCGGUGAACAUGGAUCAGGCCAUGGUGAAGUCCGAGGCAUGUCAACAAGAACGGUCCUGCCAGUACCUACAGAGCAAGCUAAAAAGGCUGCAGGGACACUUAAGCCAAGUCGUAUUUGUCAAGGUGAAAGCUGUGUGGAGCAGGAAAGCAGUUCUCCCAGCCACCAAGAAGAUGCGAAGGAGCAGAGUUCCCCAAGAUGAAUGGACAGGGUACACACCUCGUGGGAAAGAUGAUGAGAUCCCAUGCCGAAGGAUGCGAAGUGGCAGCUACAUCAAGGCCAUGGGCGAUGAGGACAGCGGGGACUCAGACACCAGUCCCAAGCCUUCUCCCAAGGUGGCUGCAAGAAGAGAAAGCUAUCUCAAGGCUACACAACCCUCCCUCACAGAGCUCACCACACUCAAGAUCUCCAAUGAACACUCACCCAAACUCCAGAUCCGGAGUCACAGUUACCUGAGGGCAGUCAGUGAAGUCUCCAUCAACAGAAGCCUGGACAGCCUUGACCCUGCAGGCUUGCUCACAUCACCAAAGUUCCGCUCCAGAAACGAGAGCUACAUGCGAGCCAUGAGCACCAUAAGCCAGGUGAGCGAGAUGGAGGUGAACGGACAGUUCGAAUCCGUGUGUGAGUCAGUGUUCAGCGAGCUGGAGUCGCAGGCGGUGGAAGCUCUGGACCUGCCCAUGCCUGGCUGCUUCCGCAUGCGGAGCCACAGCUACGUGCGAGCCAUCGAGAAGGGCUGCUCCCAGGACGACGAGUGCGUGUCGCUGAGGUCGUCCUCCCCUCCCCGCACAACCACCACGGUGAGGACCAUCCAGAGCAGCACCGGUGUCAUAAAACUGAGUUCUGCCGUUGAAGUGUCAUCUUGCAUUACAACAUAUAAGAAGACACCACCUCCAGUCCCACCCAGAACUACCACGAAACCUUUCAUUUCUAUCACAGCCCAGAGCAGCACAGAGUCUGCGCAGGAUGCCUACAUGGACGGGCAAGGCCCGCGUGGGGACAUGAUCAGCCAGUCUGGCCUCAGCAACUCCACCGAAAGUCUGGACAGUAUGAAGGCUCUGACAGCCGCCAUCGAGGCCGCAAACGCCCAGAUCCACGGCCCAGCAAGUCAACACAUGGGCAAUAACGCUGCUGUCACCACCACCACCACCAUCACCACCGUCACCACCACCGAGGACAGGAAGAAAGACUUUAAGAAAAACCGAUGCCUGUCUAUUGGGAUACAGGUGGAUGAUGCUGAAGAGCCCGAGAAAACGGGGGAGAAUAAGGCGCCCAGUAAGUUCCAGUCCGUGGGAGUCCAAGUGGAGGAAGAGAAGUGCUUCCGCAGGUUUACUCGGUCCAACAGUGUGACCACCGCAGUGCAGGCUGACCUGGACUUCCAUGAUAAUCUGGAAAAUUCUCUGGAAUCCAUAGAGGACAAUUCAUGUCCCGGCCCAAUGGCCAGGCAGUUCUCCCGGGAUGCCAGCACAUCCACCGUCAGCAUCCAGGGUUCAGGAAACCAUUACCAUGCCUGUGCAGCCGACGAUGACUUUGACACGGAUUUUGACCCCUCCAUCCUGCCUCCUCCGGACCCCUGGAUUGACUCUAUCACAGAAGACCCUCUGGAGGCUGUUCAAAGGUCUGUGUACCACCGGGAUGGCCACUGGUUCCUGAAGCUUCUCCAGGCAGAGCGAGACCGCAUGGAAGGCUGGUGCCAGCAGAUGGAGAGAGAAGAGCGGGAAAACAACCUCCCCGAGGACAUUCUAGGGAAAAUCCGAACUGCGGUGGGCAGCGCCCAACUUCUCAUGGCGCAGAAAUUCUACCAGUUCAGAGAACUGUGUGAAGAGAACCUGAAUCCCAAUGCUCAUCCAAGACCCACUUCCCAGGAUUUGGCGGGGUUUUGGGACAUGCUGCAGUUGUCCAUAGAAAAUAUUAGUAUGAAAUUUGAUGAACUUCAUCAGUUAAAGGCCAAUAACUGGAAACAGAUGGAUCCUCUUGACAAGAAGGAGCGAAGGGCCCCUCCUCCAGUGCCAAAGAAGCCGGCGAAGGGCCCCGCGCCGCUGAUCCGGGAGCGCUCGCUGGAGAGCUCGCAGCGCCAGGAGGCCCGCAAGCGCCUGAUGGCCGCCAAGCGCGCCGCGUCGGUCCGCCAGAACUCGGCCACCGAGAGCGCGGAGAGCAUCGAGAUCUACAUCCCCGAGGCGCAGACCCGGCUCUGAGCGCCGCCGCCGCCGCCGCCGCCGCCGCCGAGGACCGUCCCGCCGCCCUCCCCUCGGCCGCCUUCCCGUCCCCUCCGUCUCUGAGCUCAGUGACCGCCACCGUGGUCGUGGCCCUAGUUGUCCACCUCGCAGGAGCCGUCCCCAAGCCGCCCCACCCCGCUUCCUGGACCACUUUGCCCAUCUUCUCCACCGAGCUUCGCUCCCCUGUGUCCUGAAGCCUCAUGCAGACAUCCAAACCCUUUCUUUUUCUGGGACAAACAAACCCACCUGUGUAGAAAAAGACCCCUGUAGGUCACUCACCCUCCUCAGUUCUCUCAAGCUAGCGUGUCCCUAGAACUCAGCAAUAUAAAACCAUAGGGUAUUUCAGAAACCCAGUAUCACACAGGGUGAUCCUUUGAGACUUAACCGUCUUCCACGUGAAAGAAACGAGGGCUCCGAUUCCCUUUAUUUGCCCCCCAAACGGUUAUUUUUACAAGCAGACAGAGCGCUUUAUUUCUAAUCUCAGAAAUCACACCAUCUUGUCGGAAUCAGUGGUGACCAAGAGAGGGGGGAUCAAGCUGGCCUGGGGUGGGAGGCCUGGGUGUGUAGGAGAGCAGGGCAAAGUGUGCAGGUACCCUGCAUCUGUACCUUCGCAGCUGAACAAACUGCCUCACUGGUACUCCAUCAAUCACAGCUUCAAAUGUUUCAAUCAGCAGAAGAUUGUAAAUUCGCUCUUUCAGGGAAAUUAAUCUAUUCUGAAAGGCAAUAAAAUGAGGAAAGUUAAGGCAAAGGAAACUCCGAUGGUUUAAGAUCCUAUAUAAGGAAUCUAUUUAUUUAUCUUAUUAUUAAGAAAAUUUAGACCUGAAAUGUUUUAUCAACUUUUCUUGUACUCUGUGUAUUAUAAUGUCAUGGCAGUGGUUUUUAAAUGGGGGGGGGGGGGGAGUUGGCUCUGUUAAUUUAGUGUCCAUUCGGGUGGGCCCACUUAAGAUUUCAUACACACACACACACACACACACACACACACACGCACGCACACACACGUAAGAACACUCUGCUUCUCAAAGACCGCAAGGCCAUUUCCAGAGAAGAGUUCCGGUUCUCUGCCACCCCUUUGAAUGCUACACAUCUGUCUAGUUUAGCCCAGCACGUCACAUUUCAGGGGUCUCCUCUCACUCCAAUACAGGGUUCAUGUGUCCCCCAGCACAGGAUUCUUGUCCUAUAUCAAAUGAAUAAAAUAAAAGGUUUUCUACCCCAGGUGACAUGCCGCCUCCUUCCAAAGAGCGGUCAUUAUGAUCCUGAAGUUCCAAGUAUUGAGAGAAGUCAUCCGAUUUACUCGGUAGCCAAGAGCUAUGAGGAGCGAGGGAAGUAGGCAUCCAUACACGCUGAUAGAAACCCAAGUGUUUGGUUGGACUCCAGGCUUCCUUUGGCUUGUAGUUUAGUCGUGGUCGAUGGGCUGUGUGCGCUGGCAUCCUGCUGAAGUCUUCAAAUGCCCUUACUUGUAGCAGUUUAAACAUUCAGAAUGCGGCAGUCUGAAAGGGGCAGGCAUCUAUUAUGGCAAGCUUGCAACCUAAAGAAUUAGAAAUUUGCCAUUGAAAAAUGAAAGUCUUUUAAAAAAAAACAAAACCUGCUUGCACCAGAGAUGCUUAAAAACAAAACAAAACAAAAAACAAAUACACUCUCAUAGCCAGGUGCUAAUUUAAUUUUCUUUACAAAAUUGAGAGAAGCAAUGGGUUCUGGCAACCAAUAUCUUCAGACGUAUUCUAAAACCACUAGAGAAUUCGCUACCUCUCAGAGCCGUUGAUGCUUUGAGCUACCUUUAACAACAGGGCACAAAUGUUUACUGCUGUGGUUUACAAGAAAAGGGCUACUAACUUAUUUAAAAACAAAAAACAAAAACCAACUUUUAACUAGGGCAGACGAAGUCAGUGCUUUCUCACACCGGAGCAGAGAAUUUUUGAGCUUCAAGUAUUUGCUCGUUUCAAAAAAGACACGCUUUUUCUUCACAGUGGAGCAGCAAUUAAAUGUGAUGUGAAGUACGCAGGAGUAAGGCCAACUGUCACCUUGGGUAGUCCAUGGUCACAUUCAUCCAAGACAGACGUGGAGUUCACAGGAAGCAGCGUCCAGGCUAGUCCCACUCUCACUGCUACAGCUCUGUGCCCUGAGGUAGAGUUCAGUUUCUAACGUGAUUCCAGAUUCUCCUACAGUGUUUCCUUUGGAAACUGAUUUAGCCCAGGCUAUUUUAAAGAGGGAUAAGAGAAGGCCUACUAUUUAUCUUGUCUAAGGGAAUGGCAUUUGUAUAUUCAUAAGCUAUUUUUGGUAAGAAUUUUAAAUCUUUUAGCUGAACGCCUGCAGGGCAUCACAACCUUUGCCUUCCUGAAAAACACAGUUUAAACUGUACAAACACUUUAUAAAAAAAGCUAAUUAUUGAUGUUAGGACAUGACCCCCACACAAUACAGCUUAUUAUCCACUGGAACCCGGAACUAACAUCCGUGAACCUUUGUUGCGUUAUUCUUUUUGAUGUAAUUUGUAGAGAUGUUUUUUAGUUCAUAAUGAACAGUGUAUGUACCCUGAAAAAUUACUUAUUUUGUUUAACUUUGGUAUAAAGGUGUUGGGCAUUUUCUUGGGGUGGGGGAGGGGGGGUUACAAAAGAAAUUUGUCUCCCUCAUCAAAAACAAACAAAAAAAUACGUUCAAAGAAAUUAAGUAUUUAUUAUAUUUUUUGCAGAUGUUUCCAUACAAUUCACAUAACCUUUUUGUAAAGAGAGAUGAAGAAAUGGAUUAAAGAUUUUUAAUAUUUGAAAUGGUAAAUAGAGCUAAUUUAUUUGUAAUAUAUUUCUGUUAUUUAUAGAUGUUCCCUUAAUGUUUUACUGUGCAGUACCUGCUUUAAUUUAAGCCUUAUCCUUGUGAAUUUACCAUUUCUUUUUUAAGAACAUGUCUAGAUGCAUAUUUUAAAUAACUGGAAUGUAAAUCAUUAGCAUAUCUGAAUUCCCUAAUGUAAUUUUUAAAAAUUAUUUUGGUUUGGGGAAAAAAAAAGAUUCAUUUGAGAAAGCCUUCAGAUGGAGGGGUGGGGAAGAUUUUUAUGGCUUUCUGAAUUGGAAUUUCAUAGGCUUAUUUACCUAGAUUGUGUGUGGACAAAAAAAAACAAAAACAAAAACAAAACAAAAACAAAAAACAAAAACCAACCUGUAAAUACAUGAAUGUUUCCCAUAAUGUAAAAAGACGGAAUUAAUAAAAUAAUCAAUGCACUGCU